AUGUCAGCUUCCAACUGCUCUUUUGAUCUAAUGGUUGAAAAAGGUGGAUGGCUUUGUCCUCUGGAGGACAAGUGCGUCAACCAGACCCUUGGCCUUAACGGAAGCCACAUUGAUGAUCUGGAUUCUGCAUGUAUGACAGAGCAAGAGUACCUGGAAAAUUCCCUGGGGCCUCGUCGAUCACCUGUGUUCCUUCCCGUCUGCCUCAUCUACCUAGUCAUCUUCCUGGUAGGUGUAGUGGGGAAUUUGCUGACGUGCACUGUCAUUGCACGCAACAAAGUGAUGUGGACGCCAACAAACUACUACUUGUUCAGCCUGGCCGUGUCGGACCUGCUGGUGCUGCUGCUGGGCAUGCCGUUAGAGCUGUAUGAGCUGUGGCAGAACUACCCCUUUCUCUUUGGAGAGGCUGGCUGCUACUUUAAAACUUUCAUAUUUGAGACAGUUUGCUUGGCAUCUAUCCUCAAUGUCACAGCUCUGAGCGUGGAACGUUAUAUCGCUGUGGUGCACCCGCUACGUGCAAAGUAUGUUGUAACACGCACCCAUGCCAAGCGGGUCAUCCUUACGGUGUGGGGUGUGUCGGUGUUGUGUGCUUUGCCAAACACGAGUCUGCACGGGAUCGAUGUCCUUCACAGUUGCUCCACCGGCCCUGCUUGGAACGUAACUGUGCAGAUCCCUGACUCAGCGAUCUGUACAAUUGUGAAACCGCGCUGGAUGUACAACGUGACCAUCCAAGUGACCACCUUACUGUUUUUCAUUCUGCCCAUGCUCACCAUCAGCGCUCUCUACAUGCUCAUUGGGUUGCAGCUGAAGCGGGAGAAGAUGCGUCAGACACUGGAGGCAAAGACGGACUUUGGACAGGACAGCUUCUGUAACAUCCGGAAACAGCAGCAGAAGGCACGUCGCCGGCAGGUCACUAAAAUGUUAUUUGUUUUAGUGGUGGUUUUCGGGAUCUGCUGGGCACCAUUUCACACCGACCGUCUCAUGUGGAGCUUCAUCAAUGAAUGGACUGUCAACCACCUGGAAAUCUUCGAGUAUGUGCACCUCAUCUCCGGAGUAUUUUUCUACCUUAGCUCAGCAGUCAACCCGAUCCUGUACAACCUCAUGUCCACCCGCUUUAGAGAAAUGUUCAAGGAGGUCAUGUGCCAUCGGCCACAUAACAUCACUCCCAGAAAACACUCGCUCAGUGUCACCCGGUUGACCCUCCGCAGCACCCUGAGUGAUGCGCCGCUCAGCAAUGGAGCUGCUGUUGUUGAGGCAGAGGCAGAAGAUGGAGAAGUGAAGAUGAAAGAUGAAACCUGCUUUUCAUGUUAA